CUAACAGAACGGCCGAACCUUGAUCUUCUUGGUCUAGAUAUGUUAGACAAACUUGGAAUAAUGGAUGUACCAAUUAACAGUGUCUGUAACGUAUCGUGUUCAUCAUUGGACACCCCAGUACUUCCAAAGAAGACAGGUGAAAGGUUACUAGGAAAACUGAAAAGAAAGAUACGAACACAUUCCGAUGUCAUCCGUCCUACGCCAGCUAUUGAACCCCAACGAAACCUAUCGAUGGAGAAUCAGUUUAACCGACAUCAUGGGGCACAAAGACGAUUGUUCACGGUGGGACAAAAAGUGCUUGCUAUGGACUAUCGUGGGAAACAUCCUACAUGGACAGCUGGUCGGAUCGUGAAAAAGAAGGGGAGUGUGGUUUACGAGGUGUCAGUUGGCUCGGAAGUUUGGGUACGUCAUGCUAACCAAUUGAAAGCAACUUCGAUAGCCAGCAACAAGAUUCAAUAUCGAUUACCUCUUGAUGUUCUGCUAGACACCUUUGAAAUCAAAACGCCGGGAAUAGACACGUCAGUUUCUGUGCAAGAAAAGAGUGAUACUUCUUUAUUGCCUAGACGAUGGACUAAUCGAAAGCACAGGCCAGUCACUCGGUUGCAGUUGGACACUAGCACCAGAUCCUACGAAUCUGCUCAGAGGGGAGGUGUUAGCGGGACAUAGACUAGAUUAAAGCAUGCUCAAUGCAUGAUUGCUUUGGUGCACGCUGAUUGGCUAAUUCUUAUCCAAUCAGCACUAGUCGAUAGUUGGAGAAUACUCUGGAAUCUUCUUAUGUAAAAACUAUAAAUAUACUGACGUUUUUCCCUAUUGUGCUUCUGACUUGCUAUUUGGAAUAUAAUCUCUUUCCUGUUCAACCGUGUUCUGAUUUGGGGACUUGUCGAGUGAAUCGGUGUCCGAGAAUACUAAGCAAUAGGAAUAGCUGGGUCAUAAUCGUAAGAAGAAAGAGUUAUAACAGUGGCGACGGGGAAAAAGGAAAACAAAUUCAAGAUGCCCAUAUCAGAUGACCAGCUUAACCGAAUACUACAACAACAGCAAGCACAACUUGAUGCACAAAUGCGGUUGUUGGAGACUCUGACUCAACAGCUCAACAUCCACAGCUCGAGUUCACAUGCUAUUUCAAGUACGUCUUGUGAUGCAGUUGCUAGCAGCAUCCCAGAAUUCAUCUAUGAUCCCGAAAGUGGAAAUACUUUUCUCACGUGGUUCAGACGUUGGGAAGAUACAUUUAGAACAGAAUUCUGUAACCAAGACGAUGCGUGGAAGACCCGAUUGUUGGUACGUAAGUUGGGAAGCAAUGAACAUGCACGUUUUGCUGACCAUAUAUUGCCAAAGUUACCUCGAGAGCUCAGUUUCGAGGAGACGGUAUUUCAGUUGUCAGAGAUAUUCGGCGAGUCAUCCUCGUUGUUUAGUAUUCGAUAUCGGUGUCUAAAUUUGGUGAAACGCGAAGCCGAUGAAUAUGGUGUUCUAGCAGACAUCGUCAACAGAGAAUGUGAACGUUUCAAGUUACGCUCGUUGACUGAUGACCAAUUUAAAUGCUUAAUAUUCAUCAAAGCUCUUCAGUCACCACAAGACGCUGAGAUCAGGACUAGACUUUUAGCUCGACUGGAUCAAGACCCAAACGUCACACUCAGAACAUUGACAGAUGAGUGUAAGCGUCUACAAAGCAUCAGACACGACAACGAGUUGAUUGAACAGGUAAAUCCUAAUUUAACCUGCGGUAGUGUCAAUACUAUUACUAGGUUAAAAGUUCAGAAGCCGGUAACAACUCGUAACAAACCAAGGACUGCAUGCUGGUUAUGCGGUGAUUGGCAUUAUGCACGAUUCUGUCCGUUCAAGAAGCAUAAAUGUCAGGCGUGCAACAAACGUGGACAUAAAGAAGGUCAUUGUCCACCGAAGCGUACGUCUCAGCCUAAGAAGAAGCAUAAACGUCCUCGACAUGUGAAAUCAGCUGAGUCGAAAUCUCUUUCUCUGGUAGCUGCCUUUCAAACAAACUAUGACAUUCGGAGAAAAUAUGUUACCAUCCAGAUAAACGGCAUAUCAGCUCGUCUUCAAAUUGACACGGCAUCAGAUAUCACGUUAGUGUCUAGAGAAACGUAUAACUUGCUGGGUAAACCGCCAAUGAAGCCAUCUAAGAAAACGGCUAAAAACGCAUCAGGUGGUGUGCUAAAACUGGUUGGUGAAUUACAGUGUGAAUUUUCCUUCAAUGGAACUAACUGUACAGGAAUAUGUUACCUAACAGAACGGCCGAACCUUGAUCUUCUUGGUCUAGAUAUGUUAGACAAACUUGGAAUAAUGGAUGUACCAAUUAACAGUGUCUGUAACGUAUCGUGUUCAUCAUUGGACACCCCAGUACUUCCAAAGAAGACAGGUGAAAGGUUACUAGGAAAACUGAAAAGAAAGAUACGAACACAUUCCGAUGUCAUCCGUCCUACGCCAGCUAUUGAACCCCAACGAAACCUAUCGAUGGAGAAUCAGUUUAACCGACAUCAUGGGGCACAAAGACGAUUGUUCACGGUGGGACAAAAAGUGCUUGCUAUGGACUAUCGUGGGAAACAUCCUACAUGGACAGCUGGUCGGAUCGUGAAAAAGAAGGGGAGUGUGGUUUACGAGGUGUCAGUUGGCUCGGAAGUUUGGGUACGUCAUGCUAACCAAUUGAAAGCAACUUCGAUAGCCAGCAACAAGAUUCAAUAUCGAUUACCUCUUGAUGUUCUGCUAGACACCUUUGAAAUCAAAACGCCGGGAAUAGACACGUCAGUUUCUGUGCAAGAAAAGAGUGAUACUUCUUUAUUGCCUAGACGAUGGACUAAUCGAAAGCACAGGCCAGUCACUCGGUUGCAGUUGGACACUAGCACCAGAUCCUACGAAUCUGCUCAGAGGGGAGGUGUUAGCGGGACAUAGACUAGAUUAAAGCAUGCUCAAU